GUUGGCGUGGAGUCUGGUAUAUAGUGCUGUUGCUCGGUUCCUUCCGUUGCAAAAUGUGAAAGAAACGUCUGGUGGAGUGGGGGGAGGACGUAGGAAUGAGUCGGCGGAGGAAAUAUGGGGACAGCAGUGCCCCGAAGAACACGCCGCGUAGAACGGCGGCGACUGAGGACUGCAGCUCGGUGGUCGAGCCAGGCAGCAGGCUGCUGAAGUCGGCCCGCGGGUCGGUUCUCCGCGGGGCUUGGGAAGGCCCUUCCGGGCCGGUGUGGCAGCAAGAGCAGCGUCCAGCACCCGCUUCGUGCAUUAACAGUAACCCCGAGGAAAGGCAUGAAACACCACAGAGAGUGCUGAAAAUGGAUUUGUUUUCAUGUACCUUCAGUUCUCCAAAUGAUCCAGAUGGACAGAAUGAUAUCUUUUGGGAUCAGAAUUCUCCAAUGACAAAACAGUUAGGUAAAGGAAGAAAAAAAAAGAUUUACACCACAGGUAGUGAUGAGAUAUCAGACAUUGUUAAUCGUAUUGCUCCUCAGGAUGAGAAGAAGCCAACAACAAACUCCAUGCUGGGUAUGUGGAUUGGUGCAGCUGCUAUUCCUUGUACUCCCAGUGUAGCGCAAAAAAAAUCAAGAAUAAAAGUUAGCCGUACAAAGUUAAAAACACAAUAUCGAGAAAAAGAACUUAUGAAAUUGGCUGAACAAUUUGAUAAAAAUAUGGAAGAGCUAGAUGUGGCUCAAGAGCAAAACAAGAAGAAUCAUGAUUUUAUCCAGGAGAUUUCAAAAGCAGAGACUUCACAUAGUUGUAAUGAUUAUGUACAGAUGCAUCCCUUACAUGAUGUAGUUCCAAUUAUAGAUAAUACCAUAAUAAAGAAGCCAAUGAAAGGAAACACCAGAAUAUCUGUGGCAAAUGAUCAAAGCAGUAGUCAGAAGCCAUUUGACCAAAAUGCUGAAGCGGCCUUUAAUGCCCUUUUUGAUGAUUCUACCCAGAAAUGUAGUGGGCAGUUAAGCCAAGAUCUGGCAGAUGCUUUUUUGAACACUAGAAAAAAUGCUUUGAAAGAGGAGAAAAUCAUUAUUAAUGGUACUCUGGUCACUGAAAAACUGCCAGGUAAAACCCAAGAUUCACUUUAUCCACAGGUAGAUCCUUCCAUAAUGACAAAAUCAUGUAUGACUCCCUAUAGUAAAGAGCCAGAAGCUUCUAGUAAGCCCAUUGGUACAUUUACAACCAGUGAUUUGGAGGAUGAUUGGGAAAAAUUACUAAGUAAUGAACCUUUUGUUAUGCAAAAUGUUGAAGCUGAACUUUUUCCUUCUAAAACUGCCCAGGUUACUGAUCAUAAGGGAAUUUAUACCUUUACUAGUGAAUAUGGUGGGAGUACAUCAAGAACAAAUAAAAGUCUAGAUGCCAAGUUAGGAGAUUCAGAAGUAUUACAAGAUUUACCUUCAAAAACACAUAACAGAGAACUAAUAGAUGCUGGAAAAUACAUAUUUUCAUCAAAUCCAAAUGAUAAAUCAAGUAAAUUAUCAUCCACUAGAAAUAAAAUGAAAUCUUCAAGUAAAAUUGUUAGUCAAGACAAAACUCAAGAUUGUGCAGUUACAUCUAAUCUGACAAAAGUAAAAGAAGAUAUCUGUAUCAAUUUUACUUCUAAUGUAAAUACUUCUGAAAAGAAGUCUGCUUUGAACACAAAACAUUCUAGUGAACAAAAAAAUAAGCCCAUUUUUGAUCAGUCUUUCAAAGCACCUGUUAAUAUUGAUCCCUUUGGCUCUUCAACUUUGGACUGUGAAACAGUUGUUAAUAAACCAGAUCAGACUAAUGCAUCAAAGUUAGGUUCUUUCUUUGAUGAUUGGAAUGAACCAUCACUUGCCAAUGAAAUUUUUGAAACAUGUCAUCGAUUAGAGACUUCUUGGGAAACAGAUAAUGUAGAUGAUGAUUUGUUGUAUCAAGCAUGUGAUGAUAUUGAAAGACUAACUCAGCAACAGGACAUUUUAAAGGACAAUAAAACAUCAGAAAGUAUACUUGAGAUCAAUGAUAGUUCCAAACAUGGAGCGAAAAAUAUAUCUACUACAUCUAAACAAGGAAGUCAGUUGGCACAAUCAAAUCAUUUGAAUCUGGGCAGCAUUACAGUGCAGACGUCUUCCUUGACAGUUGGCACACAAAUAAAUAAAUCAGUGAAGAUGGAGAAAAGGGAAAUGAGUGGAAAUUCUUCAGAAUUUUGGGGUACUACAACAAACUUGACUAUGUACUCUAAGAACUCAAAGUGUCAGAAUAAUAAUCUGCAUGUGUAUAGGAAUAACAGUGAUGUUCUAAUGCAAGUGCCUAGUUCUAAAUCAGUUUUUGCAGGAAGUUCAAGUCUGAAUGUGAAUUCAAAUUAUGUGAGCCCAGUAAUUGCUAGUAAUAAGAAGAAACUGAUUACCCAGCAACUUUCCCAUAGGCCCCAAACAGAUGAAGCACAAAGUGAGUUUAACAAAGCAGUUAGAUUUUCAAAGUAUACUUUUGCAAAGACAAAAAAUCCUCAGAUUCUUUGUCAGCUUAAUCAAAAUUGUAUAGAAACAAGUAUGUCUACUACCAAAAUUACACAAGGUUUGGAGAAAAAGAAAACUGUGAAUUCAAUAACUGGGGAAGCUGAUCAGCAGAUGUCUUUAGUGAAAAUUUCUGAAUCUUUGAAACAAUCUUCAAAAGAGGAAGAAGAAAAAAAUAGGAAAUAUUCCCCUGAAGAAAUUCAGAGAAAAAGACAAGAAGCACUGGUUCGAAGAAUGGCCAAAGCACAGGCAUCAUCUGUAAAUUCAGCUCCCACUUAAUUUCUUUAAUGAAAUACUGGUUGGAAGACUUAUAGAUUAUUGAUAACUAUCUAUGAUAGGAAAUAUUUUUUCUUGAUUUCUCUGUGAGAAAUUCUUACUUAUAAAGCAUGGACUUCUACUUUAUUAUUUAAUAAAUCACUGUUUUUCAAUGGUAAA